GUUACUGCAGGUGUUAAAAAACAUGUAGGCUUGUAUGCUGUUUGUUACCAGCGGUUUCCUAAGGAGUUUAAGCAGCCACCUGUAGGAGACUGGUGGGUUAAAAACUGACACGGGAAGCUUUCUCAGGGUUUUUAUAUGAACAAGGAGCAAAUAAGGGUAAAGUCAAGAUAAAGCAGUUAAAGUUAAAGCAAGAUAAAGUUUGACUGGCAGGAUGGGACCUUCCCGUGGACACCUGUUCACAUCCUGUAUCUUUCUGCUGACAGUGUGUGUGUGCCUCUGUGAACUGAGUUGUCGUGAGGGUCACAGCGGACCUACUUACGAGUCGCUCCAGGACGUGUUUGACAGAAAACCCUUCAGACCAGCGGUUAAUCUCAGCAACCCGACCAUCGCCAACAUCUCCUUCACUCUCUAUGCCGUGCUGGGUGUGAAUGAGAAAACACAGAUCCUCACUACGUUCCUCUGGCUUAGACUUUACUGGUUCCAUGAGUUCCUCAUAUGGGAUCCUCACAAAUGUGACGGUGUCACUAAAAUCUCCCUCCCGGUGAAGGAUCUCUGGAUGCCUGAUAUCAUCGUAUAUGAAUUCGUGGAUGACGACGUGUCCCAAGCCUGCCCGUUUGUGUAUGUCAACCACACGGGGCACACACGCUACGACCGCAUGCUGAGGCUUGUGAGCGCCUGCAACCUGGAGAUAUUCAGCUUCCCUUUUGACAUCCAGAACUGCACCUUCACCUUUGGGUCCUACAUGCACACAAUAAAGGACGUGAGGGUGAGCCCGGCCCUGUCCUUUGCGGAGAUGUCGAGGAACUCAAAGCAGUACCUAGAGGCCAGUGGUGAGUGGGAGCUGGUGGUCAUCCUGGGGGAGUCCAGCAUCCUGCAGUUUGGGAUCGACGAGUGGGACAUCAUCACAUUCUGGGUGGUGAUAAAGAGACGGCCUAUCCUGUAUGUGGUCAACCUCCUGAUUCCCAGCUCCUUCCUCAUGGUCAUCGACAUCCUGUCCUUCUACCUGCCGCCCCACAGUGUGGACCGUGCCUCCUUCAAGAUGACCCUCAUCCUGGGCUACACAGUCUUCCUGCUCAUCAUGAACGACCUGCUGCCCAGCACAGCAAACGGAACACCCAUCAUAGGAAUCUACUUCUCUGUGUGUCUGGCCCUGAUGGUCAUUAGUCUCCUGGAGACGGUCAUCAUCACUAACGUGCUCCACCACAACUCCAUGAAGUACCGCGACGUGCCACGCUGGGUCCAGGUGCUCGUGCUGGGCUACAUCGCCAAGCUCAUCUGCUAUCGCUGGCCCGAGAAAACCCGUCCCGACAUCCGCCAGAAGCCAGACAACUCAAGCUCCCUGGCCAUACAGCCUCCGACCCAAACCCCAGCGGCCAACCGGAACAGAGACAUGUCGGGAGAGCUACCCCUGGCCGUGCCGGAGUUGACUCAGAUCUGCCGGGACGUAAACGUGAUCCGCUCGCACCUGUCGGAGCUGCAGCAGGAGAACGUACUGCUGGAGCAGUGGUGCCACGUGGGCUACAUCCUGGACUUCCUGCUCUUCCGCAUUUACCUGCUCCUCAUCACCUGCUACGCCAUCGUCAUCAUCUGCAUGUGGUGCAUCUGGAUCUACCAGUGA